AUGGCGGAAGCAGAUGCAGAGGUAUUGCAGGUGGAAAUUCGUAGACUGAUUCGGACUGUCAAGGAGUUGCGCAACAAUGUGAGAGAUCUCAGUAGACAGCUGAAAGAGACCCGGAACACGCUCAAGGAAAGAGAUGAAGAGCUGGAUGAUUGCAAAGCCAGACUUGCUGGAAAGAAAACUCGGCCAAAGAAAAAGGGGCCCAAGGCGUCUGCUCAGCUGCCUUAUAUGUCUCUUGUUUAUGUGUUCAUGUUCUGGAUGCUUGCCGGUCUCUUUGUUAUGCAUUUUAUGAUGGACAUUGACAAGGGAGUAGGCUCAGCUACUGAUGCAUACUAUGCAACUUCUGUUACGGUGCAUGGGGUUGGAUUUGGUGAUAUUCCUCCCGAGUCAGCUCUUGCUCUUAUUCUCUGUGAUAUGUUGCCCGUGCUUGGGUACUUUGUGCCGAUUGUUAUCAGUCAUUUUCUGCGUCGCGUAGCACUAUGGUUUGGUCAGAAGUUUAUCCCUGAACCUACGAGGUUCUUUUAUGGAGUUAUUUCAGCUAUUGGAAUGAUCUUGGUGACUCUGUUGUCAGGGAUGAUAGGGAUAUAUAGUUUUGAGCUGGAGGCACUUAGGACAUCCUUGUCUGAGCAGCAGCAUCUUAGUGCAUCUCUUUCUUAUCCAUCUGUAUGGGCAGAUAUUCUUGUCAUCUUACACCUUACAGUGAUGACUAUGACCUCCACCGGUUAUGGUGAUUUUUCCUUCCAUACUACACAUGGCAGACUGUUUGCCACAUUCUGGAUCCCUCUCUGUACUACCUCGUAUUCGGUUGCAAUGACAAUUCUAGUCGAGCCUAUUUUGGGGAUCUAG